UGUUAGUUGCUCUUCCCACCAGAUUACCAACAACAAUGAGUAUUUCACCAUUAGAAUAGAUAACAUGUAAUUGCGACGAAACCCGAAUCAGACCUAAGCAAAUCACUUUCCGCGGAGCAUUAGCAGAAGUUCAAAGUCAUCACAACUCGGCAGUACGAAGGGGUACAAAUUAGAUUUUACUUUCGUGUCAAUAUACAUGAUAUUCUCGACUUUCGACGGGUACGCACGUAGCGCGCAAAUGGUGGCGAAAUAUUUUUGUUAGAAGCCCCCCGCACACUCUUCCCGAAAAAUUCAGACGUGAGACACCGGAUCGAGAGCAAAAUGAGCGAAACGCUGGCACUGGCGAGCGGCGGCGUGGUGGAUCCGCUGCCCACUUCCGCAUCCGCCUCUAUUUCCAACCUGCCGCCGCCCGCAGUAGCGCAGGGAUCGGGAUCCAACCAGGGCAUGGACCUAGAGGAUCCCCGGAAUAAAGGAUUCUUUCUCUGGAAAUGGUUGUGUAACUGGACAUCCAGCUCACCGACCAUGCUGCGCGCCGUGGAGAAGAAGAUACUGUCGUACGUGAAGCUGCCCUACAGGGGCUUCUUUGUGGAUAUCGGGCCGGCGGUGGGCGAGGCGGACAAGAUCUGGACUAUAAGCAUGAACACCGAGUCCAAGGAGGUUCCCCUUGUGCUGCUUCACGGCUUGGGAGCGGGCAUUGCCCUGUGGGUGAUGAACCUGGACGCCUUUGCAAAGGGUCGGCCUGUCUAUGCCAUGGACAUUCUCGGAUUUGGACGCAGCUCGCGACCGCUCUUCGCCAAAGACGCGCUGGUCUGCGAGAAGCAGUUCGUGAAGUCCGUGGAGGAGUGGCGCCGCGAGAUGAACAUUAACGACAUGAUUCUGCUGGGCCAUUCGAUGGGCGGCUUCAUCGCCUCCAGCUACGCCCUCACGUACCCGGAGCGAGUUAAACACUUAAUACUGGCCGAUCCCUGGGGCUUCCCCGAGAAGCCCUCGGACUCGACCAGCGGUAAACAAAUACCGCUCUGGGUGCGGGCCAUAGCUAGGGUCCUGACUCCGCUCAAUCCUCUGUGGGCUCUGCGCGCCGCCGGUCCCUUUGGCCAGUGGGUGGUGCAAAAAACGCGGCCGGACAUUAUGCGCAAGUUCCAGAGCACCAUUGAGGAGGACAUUAACCUGCUGCCGCAAUACAUCCAUCAGUGCAACGCCCAGAACCCGAGUGGCGAAUCCGCCUUUCACACAAUGAUGCAGUCGUUCGGCUGGGCCAAACAUCCGAUGAUUCACCGCAUUAAGGACGUGCGUAGCGACAUACCCAUUACAUUCAUCUACGGCUCCCGCUCCUGGAUCGACUCGUCUUCAGGGGAGAAGAUAAAGUCGCAGCGCGGCAGCAACAUGGUGGACAUUAAAAUCGUGACGGGCGCUGGCCACCACGUGUACGCCGACAAGCCGGACGUCUUCAACCGCUACGUGAACGAGACCUGUGAUAUGUACAAGGUGGCCGGUGGCAAGCUUAUCACGCCCCUUCAGCUAAUCCGCGAGUCCACGGAGUCCGACGAGGAGCGGGAGCCCAGCCUCAGCACAGUGAAGACGGUUGAGAUUCAACCGGAGGUGGAUCCGGUGCCCGAGCCUAUCGCAGCCGCAGACACACCCACGCAAUCGGCCGAGGAACUGGCGGCCAACGUCAAACCGAAGUGAGCAGGACCAGUGGGGCUCGCGGAGAUACAAAUCACAGCUCGUCUGCCAGUCUGUAUCUAUUAGCUUAGUGUCUUCGCCUAGUAUUAAAUGGUCAUCUUAUCCGGUCAGCUGCUAUUUUUACUCUCUAUCGUACAGUCCAUCUUGGCUAAACGGAUCUAGGCCCUAAUUUAUAUUUUUCGAGAUUUGAAGUUAUACAAAUACCGUUUACUAAUAGCUUAAAUAUAUAUUUGUUACAAAAGCAAUUUUAGUUUACAAUAUAGUUAGGUUGGAAUUUCUUUGUGAAAUUCAACAUUAAAACUUACAUAUAUGGUGCUUAAACUGAA